AUGGAGGAGAUUGCCGAGGCGUACACGCGGCCGCGGCGCGACUUUGGACGGCCGUGCAAUUUUUCGUUGCGCGAAGCGGCGCUGCUGGUGGACACGUCGACGGGAAGCCGGAUCGAGAUCCGGCCCGAGGCCGAGCUUGAGGAGGAGUAUGUUGUUCGAAACCCAGUGGAGCGUGCUGUUGAGCGGCGGGAUGUCAUGUCUGUCCACGAGGUGAACACUGAGCACAUCCAGACCGAGUCGCGCGGUGUGCUGCAUGUCGAGGGCGGUUGGCCCAAGGACGUCAACUACAUGGAGGCCGGCUCUAAGGAGCGGUACAAGCGCAAGGUGGAGAAGGACGACGACUUUGUGUACCGAGUCAAGGCGCUCGGCGAGCAGGUCGAGGUGGCCAUCAUGGAGAACAACGCCAUCGACAUCUACGAGAACUACUUUGUGGGCGAGGAGGUGGACCACUCGGGCGAGCCGCCGUCAGCCAAGACGCUCACUGUCUUUCGCGACCCGGCCGAGCUGAAGCGGACAGCGGCAGACGUGGCGUGGCAAGGCGACAACUCGUCCAAGAUGGCGAUUGCGUACUGUGAGCUCCAGUUCCAGGGUAUGGUCGAGGGCACCUCCAUGUCGUCGUACGUGUGGGACGUAGAGAACCCCACGGCGCCCGAGCUGGAAAUUGUGCCGUCGUCGCCGCUCUGGUGCCUCGAGUACAACCCCAAGGACCCGCACAUUCUGCUCGGCGGCUCGCAGAAUGGACUCAUUGCGUUCUGGGACACGCGCAAGGGCGCGUCGGCCGCCAACUCGACGUCGUCGGUCGAGCGCUCGCACCGCGACCCGGUGUACUCAGCGCGCUGGAUCCAGUCCAAGUCGGCGUCCGAGUGCUUCUCCUGCUCGACCGACGGCAUGGUCCACUGGUGGGACAUCCGCAAGCUCGGCGAACCGCUCGACUCGCUCCGGCUCCGCAUCCCCAAGGGCGAUGGCACUAUUCUCGGCGGCGUCGUUCUCGACUACGACUUUUCCAUGCCCACCAAGUACAUGGUCGGAACCGAGCAGGGCGUCAUCCUCAACUGCAACAAGAAGGCGCGCAAUCCGAAUGACAAGAUCCUCCGCACCUUUAACGGCCACCACGGGCCCAUCUAUGCUCUCCAGCGCAACCCGUUCUUCCCCAAGUUCUUCCUCUCGGUCGGCGACUGGUCAGCCCGCAUUUGGAACGAGGACACGGCGUCGUCGAUCAUCACCACCAAGUACCACAUGUCGUACCUGACCAACGCCGCCUGGUCGCCCACACGUGCCGGCGUCUUCCUCACCGCCAAGAUGGACGGCACCGUCGACAUCUGGGACUACCUGCACAAGCAAAACGACCCUACCCUCUCGCUGCAGGUCUCCGACUACGAUAUUCGCGCCCUCGACUUUCACGGCUCGGGCCGCUUUGUCGCCGUCGGCGACGGCGAGGGCACCACCACUCUGCUCCAGCUCUCGCCGGGCCUCUCCGAGAUGCAGAACCAGGAGCGCCAGACCAUCGGCGCCAUGUUUGAGCGCGAGCAGAAGCGCGAAAAAAUGCUCGAGACCCGCGCCCGCGAGCUCAAGAACCAGUCCAAGAUCCAGGCCGAGAUGGUCUCGUCGCAGCUCGACGACAUCGCAGAAGUCUCUGAGGAGCAGCUCCGCCAGGCCGAGCGCGCCUUUUACGACGCCGUCCGCCAGGCCGAAGAGGAGCAGAAGGCGCUUGGCGGCGGCGAGUCGUCGGUCCAGGAGUACUAA